UUUAUUGUCAGCUGUGUAUCACCUGAAUGUUAUCUGCUGACUGCUUUGAUAUCUCCUUACUCUUCGUAGAUAACUACAAAUUAGGGAUGGGCAGUGAAAGGGAGCAGCAGUUCUGUCUCCGAUGGCACAACUACCAGAACUGUCUGUUGGCGACACUGCCUCAGCUGCUGGAUGGGGAUGACCUGACCGAUGUCACUCUGUGCGCUGGGGGCCGCAACAUCAAGGCCCACAAGGUGGUACUCUCAGCCUGCAGUCAGUAUUUCAAAGACUUGUUUAAGGAGAUGUUACCCAUACAGCACCCCGUGAUCGUGCUACCUGGCACGUACUUCUCAGACCUGGUUGCUCUUGUGACGUUCAUGUACAGUGGAGAAGUGAACAUCUUCGAGAACCAGUUGGCUGGCCUGCUCUCUGUUGCGGAGACGCUGCAGAUUCGGGGAUUGGCUGAGUUUACUUGGAGCGGAAACCUAACCAACAACGAAGCAGGGAAGAAGGAAGUCUUGAGCAGCCCAAGAUGCAAGCGAGCCAAGACAUCGGCAACUGUGGUAGUGCCAACAUCAGGAGGUGUUGAAGAGAUUACAGUGUCUCCCCCACUACCUCAGGUUCCCAGAACCCGACAGAAGGUGGGGGAGCCACGGGUAGAAGACAGUGGCUGGGGGGAGGGUAUGCCGGCAGCAGACCAGCACACAGCAGAGGACCUGAGUAACCGGACAAUUAUGGCAACAGACGGCACCACAGACAACAACCAGUUGGAUUCUCCUAACCUCUCUAUGGAUGUGGCCACUAACCCUACGGACUUGACUCAAGCUGUUGUCGAAACGAAAACAAGAAAUUCCUCAUGCAACCCUAAAAUGUACGCCACUUGUUUUGUGUGUGGUAAACAGUUGAGCAACCAGUACAACUUACGCGUGCACAUGGAGACUCACCAGAACGCGCACUAUGCCUGCUCCGCAUGUAACCACGUCUCACGCUCACGUGACGCUUUGCGCAAACAUGUCUCGUAUCGACACCCACAGACAACGCCUGGACUGCAGCCGCCCACUACUCCACGCUCGACCCAGCCCUGACACACACACCCCACUCUAGUCAUCCUAGUAGCAAAUAUUAUUUAAGCAUGUCAGCGGUGUUUCAUUUCAGUCACUUUCAUUUCAAUGGUUUGUUUUUUAAUGUGAUCUCAUUCCCAAAUAUUAGAUUUAACCGAUUCUGUAUAUAUCCUUGUAGAUGAAUAAUUGAUUAGUCGGUUGGGGAUUUAAGUUACCUUUUAGUUUUUGUGUUUGUGUUAAGAAUGGUUAUACAUCAUUGAAUGAUGUAAAUCGUAGUAGAUUAUUCAAUAUGUAUAUUUAGCUAUUGUGUAUACCUAAUAUUCAAGUCAAUCAAUCACAGUGUGUGAUUUCUUUACCAAAUAGAAGUUACCAAAGCAAACCCAUUUACUUUUGUGAUAAAGUAGUCCUUAUGUGUUUCAAAGAUAUAUUUUUGCAAAGUUAUGAACUUUAUAGCGUGUUUUAAUUUGUUUAGUUUCAAGCAAAUUAAAACUUUAUCACUGUAAUUUUGAGUUAUUAUUUAAAUGUAUAUAAACACUUUACGUUUUUGAGAAAUGUAAUUCCUAGAAUUUUAUCCAGUAUAAAUUUGUAUAUAUAUAAUAUUUUGAUCUACAUUACAGAAAGUAACUGGUGUAAUUUUACAUAAUGAAAACGAUAAAAUAAAAUAUAAGCUCUAGAAUCACUCAAAGGUUUAUUUAUAAUUGAUUUUCAGCAGUUGAAAUUAUUUUUAGAAGUUAAGAAGAAGAAUGAAAUGAUCCUCUUUAUAAGCCUUUUCUGGCCGUCAAAUGUUAUUCCUGACUCUCUGUGAUUCAUGGUGCCUUAAAAAAAAUAUUGCAGAUGUAUUUCAUCUUGUAAAGUUGUUACUAACACUAUCUCACCUCAUUAUAACUAUCUAUAGAAAAUUUGUGUUGUUGAUUCUGACUUCGUUGAUUCUGAUCACUCAUACAGAUGUAAUACAGUUAUUUUAUCAAUAUAAUAAAUGUUAUUCCAAAAAAUUUAACAGAAUAGAACAAAAAUAUUUAAAACUAUUUUAACUCAAACUGGAAGGUUAAUUUUAAAGGUUAGUUGUAAUUGUUGUAAUACUUAAGCUGCUGUAGCAAGAAAAGUCAAUGUACUAGGCUAUGAGUACAGUGACUAUCCUUACAGACUAUCUUAACAAAUAAACUAAAUCAGCUAUGAUCAGAAUCUACAUCAUUUUGUGCAAAAAUAUAUAGUAUUUAGAAAUUAAAUUUUAAUUUGUGAUAUCAGUUGAAUAAAAUUCAAUCUGUUCGGAAUGUAUUACUGUCAAAUCAUAGAUAAACUAAGGCACUGAAAUAUAAUUUAUUUUCUAACUAAACUAUCAAAAACAUUAUUAUAUUAAGCGUAUACAAUUAUCAGCCAUAUUAUCUAGUCAAUAUACAUUUUGAAGAAGCCAUAUAAGAAUGAAUUCAAACACUCCUUAUGGUGGCAUUGAUUUUUUUAUGCAGAACAACUUGUUUUAUUCUUUUAUUUUAUUGAGUAUUGCAGAUUUUGGAAAUAAUUUAAUAGAGAAAAACACAUAAACCAAAAAGAAAAAUGAAUUGCGCAUUUUUCCACUUUUUCUGUAUGAAAUUAAAAUUUCCACAGGUUUUUAUGUAUGUUUCAUCACUGCAGUAAUAGAUUGUAAGAAUUAUGUUAGAAACUGGAACCUGUCUCUUCAAAAUGGUUACACUUCUUAUAGUUUUAAGUUAAAUGACUGUUUCUGUUUAUCUAAAUAAGAAAGUAAGAAGACUUAAAUAUACAAGACUUGUUUUAAAUGUCCUGUGCUAACCGAAUAUACAAAAGCCUAGUUAGUACAAACUCAUCCUUGUUAGUUACUUUUCAAUCUAUCAAUUUCUGUUAAUGAAACCAAUGCCACUUGAAAAAAACAUGGAUAUACUAAAAUGUACAACACUUGUUGCUAGAUAAAAA